AACGGACAAGGACACGUACAGCACUUCAUUCGACCACAGCCGGACUACCCUUAGGCCACGCAGCUCAGCCUUCCAGACGGCCAGACAAGGUCUCAAGGCGAUAUAUAGCCAUGAACGCCGACGAGGCCCAGAAAUGUAUCGAGAUAGCAACGCGCAAGCUACAAGCAGGCGAUAAAGCCGGUGCACACAAGUUUGCACUGAAGGCAGCCGCGUUACAUGACUCGCCGCAAGUUCAGCAGUUACUACAAAAGAUUGUCAAGGCACCAGCGACAACUCCUUCAGCGGAUGGUGCGGCUGGAUCGAGUCGGAGUGAAGGUGGUGCAACACAACGCACAAAGGCAGCAGCAUCAAAACCCGAGGAGCCAGCUGCGAGAGAAUAUACACCAGACCAAGCCAAGGUUGUCAAGCGCAUUCGAAAAUGUCAAGCGACUGCAUUUUACGAGAUUCUAGACAUCAAGAGAGAAGCGACAGAGGCAGAGGUGAAAAAGGCGUAUCGGAAACUAGCCCUACAACUACAUCCAGACAAGAAUGGCGCGCCAGGAGCAGAUGAGGCCUUCAAGAUGGUUUCGCGAGCCUUUCAAAUUCUAUCAGAUGCGUCGAAACGGUCGCAAUUUGAUCGUUACGGCGCUGACCCGGAUCAGCGUGGUGGUGGUGCGCCAGCUGCUAAUUCUUUCCAACGAGCGAAUGGUGGUGGCGGCAUGCAAGGCGGUAUGUUUGGAGAAGAGAUGAAUGCUGAUGACUUGUUCAAUAUGUUCUUUGGCGGUGGAGGAGGUAUGGGUGGUGGAUUUGGUGGCAGUCCCUUCGUGUCAUUUGGUGGACCUGGUGUUCGCGUACAUCACUUUGGCGGCGGCCAAGCACGGCAACAUCGCGGUCAGCAAGGCGAAGAACGCGCGUCCCUUGCUCAGCUCCUUCCGCUCAUCAUUCUCUUUGGCUUCUCACUCCUCUCCAGCCUCUUCUCAGGCGGUUCUUGGUUUGGCAGUGGCUCAACGACACCUUCUUAUGCAUUCAACAAUCAUCCACCCUAUACGCAGGAACGCUUGACGCCGGUGCACAAAAUACAAUUCUUUGUCAACCCAGAGCAGAUUGCCUCAAUAGGCGAUCCGGCGUUGAAGCAAUUUGACAAAAAGGUCGAGGUGGACUACAUCCGCAAUCUGCGCGAUACAUGUGAAUGGGAAUACCAGCAACGAGAACAAGAGAUGAACAAUGCAUAUGGUUUCUUCAGCAUUGACAAGGUCAAGUACAAUGCAGCGAAGAACAAGCGGAUGGAAGGGUGCGAGGAACUCAAACGAUAUGGGUAUCGCUUAUAAGCUCAGAAACACCAUUAGCAUAGCAAGCAUCGCAAAGUAUUGAUUAGAACAACGCCAGAGCUAAAGGCACAAAAUGCUAUUGUACAAC